AAUGAGCUUAAAAAUGGAGUAUGAAAAUGGGGCGGAGCUUGGGAGUUUGCUGAAAAUUCUCCCCCCUGUAGAGUUCUGUUGCGUUUAUGGCUCCACCCUUCAUCCAAAUAAUAGUGACAAGUCAUCCAUGGUAGAUUACGUUCUUGGAGUAUUGGAUCCUCAACAAUGGCACUCUGAGAAUCUGAAGAUGAACCAUGAUCAUUAUGCAUCAUGGAUGGUGCACCUCGGCGGAGCAAAAUUGAUUACUAAAGUUGCUGAUGGAGUUGGUGUUGGUGUUCACUUCAACCCAUUUGUUUCUUGGAAAGACAAGAUGUUCAAAUAUGGCGUUGUUCGAAUGGAUGACUUGAUUCAAGACAUAUCAAAGUGGGAGAGGUUCUACUUGAGUGGUCGUUUGCAGAAACCUGUUCAUAUACUUGUGGAUAAUUUUGAGAUUGGAAAUCUGAACUCUGUCAAUCUGAGGGCUGCCACCUCUGCUGCUCUCCUCUUUCUGCCACCCAAAUUCACUGAGGAAGAUCUGUUUGCCAAAAUAUGUAGCCUAUCAUACAUGGGUGACUUGCGAAUGUUUUUUGCAGAAGACAGAAAUAAGGUAAAGAAGAUUGUACAAGGGCAGUUUAAUUUAUUCCGGGAAAUGUAUAAGCCAUUUCUAGAAGAACAUGCGACUAAGGAUUUGUUGAGAUUGUCAUCAUCUGCUGAUCAUCAAUUGAAUAUAUCUCAGGAUUGUCAUUUGUCUGCUGCUUCCUCCCUUGUGUCUUCUCUUCCUCCGAGGGUAAGAAGUGAAAUGGGGAUGAAACUAGGCGAGAAAAAGAAAUUGGAUGAAAGUGGUCGAGUUAUACGUGAAGUUGUGUUUAGUUCUAGAGAGGAGGUUGCAAACUGUCUGCGGAAGCUUGUGAGUCAUAGGGUUAUGGUUUCAAGUGCAAGGCAGGCUGUUGCUGGUUUUCUGACAGUUGGUGCUGUUCAUGGAGUCAGAUACCUAGCUAAUAAAAUGCACAAGGCUUGGAAAUCGUGGACAUAA